GCCGAUCCGAGUGCUUCAGAUUGAGAGGAAGUUGCAGCCAUGGCGACGCUGGUGCUGAAGGCGCCGCAGCUUCGUGCAUGCUUCACACGCGCAUUUGCUGCAUCAUCCAUGCCGCUUUCUCUGCAGAAAAUCGUGGUGAAGUUGGCGACAGAUGCGUAUGACCCCGCAGUGUCCAAGUACACGACGUUGCCAGCGCAGCUCACUGUGCCAUCGUUGCCAGACUUCCCUGCAAGCCUUCAUGGGUCGUGGGUCAAUGUGUCGGCGCUCCGUGAAUUGUACCGCAAGAACAAGGUGGAUCGCGAGAUCGUGGAAGCCCUGGACAAGGUUGGGUUCAUCUGGGACAUGAGGCAGCACAAAUGGACCUUGGUCAUCGAAGCCCUGAACACGUAUUUGAAACUGAACGGCCAUGUCAUUGUGCCGCGACGCUUUGUAAUCCCCCAAAACGACGAAAGAUGGCCCCAAGACACGUGGAAUUGGAAACUCGGCCGCAUCGUCGACAACAUUCGGCUUCGACUCAAGAAAGACCUUCAUGCAGACCGUGUUGCCGCUCUCGAUCAACUCGGAUUCGUCUGGAGUGUGCACGAAUACGAGUGGCAGCAAAACAUGGAGCUCCUCACAACAUUUCAUCGACUAUAUGGCCAUGUGAACAUCCCAAAUACGUUCGUCGUCCCAUGCGACAGCAACGAGUGGCCUGCGUUUGGAGGCGGCAUGCGCCUUGGGCUCUGGGUGCAAAACCUGCGGAUGAGGAAGUCGACGUUGUCCGAGUCGAGACUCGUGGAACUCCAAAGCGUUGACUUCGUCUGGGAUGCGCAUGAUGAAUCCUGGCAAAUCAACAUGCGGGCGCUGAAAUGGUUCAAGUUUCUCAAGGGACACGUAAACGUUCCCAAGCGAUUUGUCACGACAGAGGAAUGGCCGAUUGAGUUAAGAGACGUGCACCUCGGUGCAUUCCUCCACAACUCUCGGCAUCGAAAAGGUUACUUGGACUCGGAUCGGCGUGUGAAUCUAAAUAGUCUUGGCGUGCACGUAAAGAAGGCUGAAACAUAGUAGUUCGAGUGUCAACUUCCCCAAGCAAACUCGCACCACUUUUAACGUCCUUUUCAU